GAAUCAAGUUUAUAGCGCAGGCGGUCUUCUGCUAGCUGAACUUUUUGCUUGGUAUAAAGCAAACAUGGAAUUUUAAGCGCACACAAAACACAAAUGCACCAGCCAAGCCUUCAAAGAAGAUAUUGUGGUGUAAAAGACGGCGUGAAACCUGCGAUGCAGCGGUUGGAAACAGUUUCGAUUUACCAGAGGAUGUCAUCUGCUCCCUGUCUUCUGUGAUGGUGGAUACUCUGGAAUAUAGGAGCCAGCAGGAGGAUUGUGGUGAAAAUCUGCAUCAGUUCUUGUCAGGGGAAGAGAAUCUGAAAUGGACUACUUUACACUUUGAUCCUCUGCCUGUCAAGAAGCAGAUACAGACAGGCGUAAACAUGACUCGGCAGACUCACAGACGCAACCAUGCAGCCUUUUACAACUGCCUAGACUGUGGAAAAAGUUUUAAACGUGCAUCCCAUUACAAGGUGCACCGGAGAAUUCACACAGGAGAGCAGCCUUAUCAUUGUUCUGAAUGUGGCAAAUGUUUUUCACAAAUUGGUAGCCUCCACAAACACUCAAGAAUCCACAGUGGAGAGAAGCCCCAUUGCUGCCAUGAAUGUGGCAAAUGUUUCUCUGUGAUUGACAGUCUUCGGAUUCAUACAAGGACACAUACAGGUGAGAAGCCACAUUGCUGUUCUGAUUGUGGUAAAGAGUUCUCCUUGCUCAGAGACCUUCAGACCCACUCAAGAAUUCACAUGGGACAGAAACCUCACAGUUGUCCAGAAUGUGGCAAACGAUUUGCACAGAAAGGUGGUCUUAGAACUCAUGCAAUAGUGCACACUGGGGAGAAGCCACAUUAUUGUGCUGAAUGUGGGAAACGAUUUUCUCAGAUGGGCAACCUUCAGACACAUUUAAAAAUUCAUAGCGGAGAGAAGGCAUUUUGUUGCUCUGAAUGUGGUAAGCGAUUCACACACAAAGCUAGCCUGCAAGCUCACACAAGUAUCCAUACUGGAGAGAAACUGCACUGCUGUCCAGUCUGUGGCAAGCGAUUCUCGCGUACAAGCAAUCUUCAGAGGCAUGCAAAAACUCACACUGGUGAAAAGCCAUUUUGCUGUUCUGAAUGUGGUAAACAAUUUGUUCAAAAGACGGAUCUUCAUAUUCAUCUGAGAAUUCACACUGGAGAGAAGCCGCAUCGCUGUCUAGACUGUGGUAAGCAGUUCACAGAGCGUAAGCAGCUUAAGGCACACUCGAGAAUUCACACGGGAGAAAAACCCUUCUCCUGCUGCGAAUGUGGUAAGCAGUUCAGACAUAGCAGCAGCCUUCAAGUACACACAAGAAGUCACUCAAGAUAAAACUUGCAAGUGUGACAAGCAACCAUUUGCACAAGGACACUGUUGGAUUCAUGCUGGAUAAAAUAAUAAGAGGUGAAGAUGUAAGAAGGAGUUAAUGGAAGUAGCUGAAGAAGAACCUCUUUUUUAGCACAGGAUUGCAGGGAGCAAAAGCAUAGUCCGAAAGCAAUGGUGGCAAGGACAAAAUGGGGAGCUGGCUGUGCAGUGAAGAACUGUGCACUUUGAGACAACAACUGUAAGUAGGAAGAGGGCCACAGAGGAAGAGUAAGGCACGGCAGAAGAAACAUGGCCUCUCACAAAGAAGAUAUUGUAGCACUAAGAUUGGUCAGCGUCAAAGAAGAGGCCUGUGAGUGGGAAUCUGUCCAGUCACUCCAGGAGGGUGAUUUCUUGAAGCAGGAAGCUUGCCAGUGGGCUGAUGCUGGCAUUAAAGAGGAGAAUUCCGAAUUUGGACUUCCAGGUCUUCAAUCACAAAACCAUGAAAUGUUGGACCUACUAAAGGAAGAUGUAAUGCUAAAGACUGACUCCAUUUUGAAAGUGUCUUCAGCUAUAAAAAAAGAGGUAACUGAUUCUGACUCACUUCAAUGGCUGCAGUACUUUCCUCAGGAGAAUGUGAAGGCUGAGAUAUUAGAAUCUGACCAGAAUACAAGUGGAGAGAUGUGGUGCAAGGGAGAUUGUGAACAACCAUCAUCUGCAAGACGGCAUGGAAAACGUUUAGAAGAGGAAGGCAUCUUCUCCCUGUCUUCGUUUUCUGAGGAUUCUUUUCAGUGUGGCUCUCAACAGAAAGACUAUAAUGGAAAUACGGCAGCUGGGUCAGGGAGCAUGAAUUUGGACAUUUUGCCAUAUAGUUGUCUGAAUGUUGUGACACUGCCACCAUCGGACACUGGUAAAGUUCACCAUCAGGUGCAGCGUACAAAUCCAGGUACUUUGCAUCACUGCCACGAGUGUGGAAAGAGUUUUAAGAACAAGUCUCAUCGCAAUAAACACAUGCGAGUUCACACUGGAGAGAAGCCAUUUUGCUGCCCAGAAUGCGGCAAAAGAUUUGCAGAUAACUCCCAUCUUCAGAGGCACAAGAGAAUUCACACGGGAGAGAGACCUUAUGACUGUAGCGAGUGUGGUAAGCGAUUCUCACUCAUAGGCAACCUUCAGAGACACAAGAGAAUUCACACUGGGCUUCGGCCAUAUUACUGCUAUGAAUGUGGCCGGCGAUUUAUGGAGAGACGGAAUCUUGAAAUGCAUCAGAUAAUUCACACCGGACAGAAGCCAUAUUGCUGUACUGAAUGUGACAGGUGUUUCUCACAGAUAGGUAGCCUUCAGAGGCACAAGAAAAUGCAUGCUGGCCAGAAGCUUCACUGCUGUUCUGAAUGUGGCAAAAAGUUUGCACAACUAGGCCAUCUUCAAAGACACCUUCAGAUUCACACUGGGGAGAAACCCCACAGCUGUUCCGAGUGUGGCAAACGGUUCUCACAAGUAGUUGGUUUGCAAAUACACCGUAGGAUUCACACGGGAGAGAAGCCAUAUUGCUGCUCUGAAUGUGGCAAACGUUUCACACAGCUAGGUCAUCUUCAGAAACACACGAGAAUUCACACGAGAAACAAGUCCGAGUGAUUGCGGUGAGAGAUUUGGGCAGGUAUUUCCAAUUUAAAAAAACUAUCAAUAGUUUAAAAAUCCUUGUUUAGAUUUAUUAAAUGUGGGAAGAAAAUGUACAGUGUUGUUGUGAUAUUGGAGCAGAAGAAAACUAAAGCAGCUACUUGGAUUUGCUCAGUUUUCUUACUCAGAUGUAUUUAAAACAAGAGCAGUGAAAUCGGAAAGGUAUUCAGGCCCUUUCAGUUUCUACACACUUCAUUGUGUUGUAGAUUUAAUUGUAAAUGUAUACAUUUGCCAAUUUUGCCAAUCAGUCUAUUCUCAAUAACCCAUAAUGACAAAGUGGAGGCAUGUUUUCAGAAAGCUUUGCUAAUUAAUUAAAAUUCCUCUCUACCUGGAAUUCAGGUGAUUUCUGUUUGCUUUAAUGCUCCUUGAGAUGCGUCUUGUACUUGUUUGGAGUCCAUCUGUGGCCAACAGAAUUGGUUGGACAUCAUUUAGAAAGCCACAUGGAUCCUUGUGUAUAGAAGGCCCCACAAUUCACACUGUAGUUCAGGACAAAAACCAAGCCAUGAAGUCUAAGGAACUCCUUCUAGACUUCAGCUAGCAAAUUGUGGCGAGGCAGAAAAUGGAGAAAAAAGAUACUUAUUUAUAAAGCUUUCAGUGUCCCCAGGACAACAGUGGCCUCCACUAUCAUGAAAUAGAUUAAGUUUGGAACCACCAGGACUUUUUCUAGAGUUAGUCAUCUAGCCAAACUGAGUAAACGGGCAAGGAAAGUACCUUGGUUAUGGAGGUGACCAAGAAUCCAAUGGUCACUCUAACCCAGCUUCCGAAGUCCUCGGCUGAGAUGGAAGAGCUUGUCAAAAGGAUGACGGCCUCAGCAGCACUCCACUAAGACAUUUAUGAAAGCCUGGCUAGACACGUGCCACUCUUGAGUAAAAGGUGUAUGAAGUUUUAAGGACUCUGAGAGCAUGAGGAAGAACUCUUAUCUAAUGAAACAAAAAUUGAAAUUAAUGUCAGCCUCAUGCUACUGCAGAAUGUUAAAUGCAGAAAGACAUGAAGAGGUCCUUGAAGAAAACCUGUUUCACAGUGCAUGUGACCUCAGACUGGGGCAACAGUUCAAUAUCCCAAAGCCUAUAGCCAAGACAACACUAGAGGGGCUUCAGAACAAGUGUCUGAGAGUUCCUGAGUGGCCUGGCCAAAGCUCAGACUUCAACCUCAUAGAACAUCUCUGGAGAGACCUGAAGAUGGCAGGGCAUGGAUUCUUCUAAACCAAAUUUAACAGAACUUGAGAAGCUCUGCCAGGAAAAACAGGCUAAACUGCCCAAAUCCAGGUGUUCAGAGCUUGUAGAGACUUAACCAAGACGACUUAAAGCUGUAAGUGCUGCCAAAAUGGCUUCUACAAAGUACUGAACACUUCUAGGAUUUUGAAUAAAUUUGCCAACCUUUCUAAAGACUUGUUUUCGCUUUGUCCUGGGUAUUUGAGUGUAGAUUGAAUGACAACAAUAGCACAUUCUUCCUGUUUUAAAGUGUGCAGAAAGUGAAGGGCUCCGAAUACUGUCCAGUGUAUUCUUUGUUUUUCUGUAUUUUUAAAGCCCUCACUGGGUAAUGAGCAUGCAAAGGGCAUUGACUGAAAAAAAAUGCUGCUGUUUAACUUGCUGUACGCUGCCCAUUAUGUUUGUCCUGUUCCGUACUUUAAUCAUUGUCAUCUUUAAAAUAAAUUGGUUAGAAACGGUUAACAGGGUAAACCAUUUUAUAUUUGUCAACUUUGAAAUAAAUCAUUUAGAAACACCUAAUGGGAGGACAGGUUUUUCUAUGUGGUUUAUUCACUUCUAGGAGUGCAUUGUAUAAACAUUGCUAUAUUCAGAAGUCUUUGGCCUCUUUCUGAUAUCCUCUAUUUUGAUUAUCUGUCACUGUGAAUGGCAUCAGAUGUUUGCACAAAAUGUAAUAUUAGAUAAAAUGAACUCAAGUAAACAUAUUAACAUAAUUUGUAAAUGAAUAUUCUUAAGUAAUAAUGGUAUCCAACACCUGCAUUGCCCACGUGAAAAUGUUACUUCCACCUUAGUUAGUCCCUCACACAUUUCACAGGGUUUGUUUCUGCCCGGUGUUCCUAGAAUAGGAGAACUGGGUCCGAAAAUGGACGGUGGAACAGACACAAAGGUAAUUUUUAAUAGUACCAACAGUAUGUGGCUGGCAUGAAUUGCUCAUUUGAUUCAAAUGACGGAACACAGCCAGCCAUAUUGAACCUAAAUCCCUUGCACAUACUGACCCUCACCAUGAGAGUGAAGUCAUGGCCACAGGAAUUCUAGAAGAACACCUAGGCCUCCAUCAAAGGCAAUUCCAGAAAAGAUGAGCAAAAAAACUUAUUGGAAUUUCCCAUUUUGUUGUGGUAGGGGUCGUAGGAUGACCCUGGUUUCCAUUUUAGACUCUUUACUAUGUAGACCUGAACAGAUUGCCCCAAAACCCAGAUAUAGUCCUUGUAUGUUUACUCUUACCAGCCUGAUCAUUGUAGUUCAAUCUUCUUCUUCUUUUGGCUGCUCCCAUUAGGGGUCACCACAGCAGAUCAU